AUGAUUGUGUUGUUCUCUCUGCGCCCUAAUAAAGGCGCUCCCGAAUAUUCAGCCGGAGUCGCGCGGCGCGCUCUCGCGAAGCUCGUGUUGAAGAGUCAAGGCAAAAGCAUCAAAACGCACCAGGAGGACUAGGAGGAGAGCUUCCCUGUGGGAGAGAGAGAGAGAAAAAACAACCAACAACAACAUGGGAGAAAUUCAUUAAAAUGACAGCGGAGUGAGGAUAAUGAGAGCCGCUGUCGCUUCACAGGAAGGUCAUUAACGAAAAUCAGAAGCAGUGCGCAGACUAUACGGAUAUUUGGAGUAUAUGUAUACCCGACUGCAAGUGAAGAACCAGAAACAGUGAAACAUUGUCCCGGCUUUUUCUUUUUAAUACAGAAAAAAAAAAAAAACAAGGCAUGGGGGGAUUUACGACUCGGCACGGCAGCACGGGAUAGAAGAUCUGACGAGCAGGAGAGAAAGAGAGAGAGAGAGAGAGAGAGAGGACGGUGAAUAAGGACCUCGCUGCGGAGAGGAAACUGCAUCACUGUGACUGUUUCUUCUCGCCUGUAAGCCAGCAGGCUUCCAUAUUGCAGCUGAUGACUGUCCCUCAGGUGGCUGGACUGCUGGGCUGAGCGGGAAGCCUGUGUGUUUGCUGAGGGCUUGCCCCGGCGUGUAUGUUGGUCACUUGCAGUUGCACUCGCUCACAAGGACCAUGUGGUUUUCUCCAAGGAGAAGUCGUCUCCCCUCGCAGAACUGGCAUGGUGCCCACAGUUGCACCGAUUUCAGCCUGUCCUUGUGGGUAUUAAGUUUUUGUUGGUGCUUUGUGGCCGUGAGAGGUCAGAACUACCACCCCACUGUGAACACGCAGUAUGGGAAACUCCGAGGAGUGAGGGUGCCCCUGCCUAGUGAAAUUCUGGGGCCGGUGGACCAGUAUCUGGGAGUUCCGUACGCCGCGUCCCCAGUGGGAGAAAAACGCUUCAUGCCCCCGGAGCCUCCUUCCUCCUGGUCGGGGAUCAAGAACGCUACUCACUUUGCUCCUGUCUGCCCCCAAAAUAUUCACAAUGCUGUGCCAGAGAUCAUGAUGCCAAUAUGGUUCACCUUCAACCUGGAUAUAGUUACUACUUACAUACAGGAUCAACACGAGGAUUGUCUUUAUCUAAACAUCUAUGUUCCGACUGAGGAUGUCAAAAGAAUAUCCAAGGAAUGUGCCAGGAAACCCAACAAGAAAAUGUGUAGAAAAGGAGGGGCCCAUGCAAAAAAACAGGGCGAGGAUUUAUCGGAUAACGACGGUGAUGAAGAUGAAGACAUACGAGACACUGGGGCCAAACCUGUGAUGGUCUACAUCCAUGGAGGAUCCUACAUGGAGGGGACGGGCAACAUGAUCGAUGGGAGCGUCCUGGCCAGCUACGGAAAUGUCAUCGUUAUCACUCUCAACUACCGCGUCGGAGUCCUCGGCUUUCUCAGUACUGGUGAUCAGGCUGCUAAAGGGAACUACGGGCUCCUGGACCAGAUCCAGGCUCUGAGGUGGAUCAGCGAAAACAUCGGCUUCUUCGGAGGAGACUCCAACCGCAUCACUGUGUUCGGUUCUGGGAUCGGAGCUUCCUGCGUCAGCCUGCUCACCCUCUCCCACCACUCUGAAGGUCUGUUCCACAGAGCUAUCAUUCAGAGUGGGUCAGCCCUCUCCAGCUGGGCGGUGAACUACCAGCCGGUCAAGUAUACACGUCUCCUGGCGGAGAAGGUCGGCUGCAAUGUCCUGGACACCUUAGACAUGGUGGACUGUCUGAGGAAGAAGAGCUCCAGGGAGCUGGUGGAGCAGGACAUACAACCAGCGAGGUACCACGUAGCCUUUGGACCUGUAAUUGAUGGUGAUGUCAUCCCUGAUGACCCCGAGAUUCUGAUGGAGCAGGGCGAGUUCCUCAACUACGAUAUCAUGCUGGGGGUCAACCAGGGCGAGGGGCUGCGGUUUGUGGAAAACGUGGUUGAUUCGGAGGAUGGUGUGUCUGGAAAUGACUUUGACUUUUCUGUGUCUGACUUUGUGGACAGUCUGUAUGGGUACCCGGAGGGCAAGGACACACUGAGGGAGACCAUUAAGUUUAUGUACACAGACUGGGCGGACAGGGACAAUCCAGAGACCAGGCGCAAGACGCUGGUGGCUCUGUUCACUGACCACCAGUGGGUGGAGCCAUCGGUGGUGACGGCUGAUCUCCACGCUCGUUACGGCUCACCCACCUACUUCUACGCCUUCUACCACCACUGCCAGAGCCUGAUGAAGCCAGCCUGGUCAGACGCCGCUCACGGGGAUGAGGUGCCCUAUGUUUUUGGAAUUCCUAUGAUUGGUCCCACUGACCUUUUCCCCUGUAACUUCUCAAAGAACGAUGUCAUGCUCAGUGCGGUGGUCAUGACAUACUGGACCAACUUUGCCAAGACUGGAGAUCCCAACAAACCAGUUCCCCAAGAUACCAAGUUCAUCCACACAAAGGCCAACCGCUUUGAAGAGGUGGCCUGGUCCAAGUACAACCCUCAGGACCAGCUGUACCUGCAUAUUGGCCUGAAGCCACGUGUGCGUGACCACUACCGUGCCACCAAAGUGGCUUUCUGGAAACACCUAGUGCCCCACCUGUACAACCUCCAUGACAUGUUUCACUACACCUCCACCACCACCAAAGUGCCCCCACCAGAGACCACCCAGAACACCUUGUCCACCAAGCGACCCAAUGGGAAAACCUCCUGGCCAUUCAACACCAAGCGGCCUCCCAUGUCCCCGGCUUACAACAGUGAGGACAAAGACUCUUGGAACGACGACGAGGAGACGGGGCCGCUGGUGGUGGAGAACCCACGGGAUUACUCCACAGAGCUUAGUGUCACUAUUGCUGUGGGAGCCUCGCUACUGUUCCUCAAUGUGCUGGCUUUUGCAGCCCUCUACUACCGCAAGGACAAGCGCCGACAGGACUCCGGCCACGGGCAGCCAAGCCCUCAGCGGCAGACCACCUCCAACGACAUUGGUCACCACGCGCCCGAAGAGGAGAUCAUGUCACUGCAGAUGAACCAGACGCACCAUGAGUGUGAGGCGGGGAACAGCAACGAGGGGGCACUGCGCUUGGCCUCGCUGCCCGACUACACGCUCACUCUGCGGCGCUCUCCGGACGACAUUCCCCUCAUGACCCCCAACACCAUCACCAUGAUCCCCAAUUCCCUGGUGGGCAUGCCCAACCUGCACCCCUACAACACUUUCACAACCGGUUUCAACUCCACCGGUCUGCCGCACUCCCACUCAACCACCCGCGUAUAGCUUUAAGGAGGCCAGGGGCAGCCAGCGCAGGCGGGGGAGUAUGAGGAGGCGGCGGCGGCGGUGGUGGUGGAUGAGGAGGAGGAGCAGGAGGAUGAACGAACGGAGGAGAGGAUUGUGUUUUAUAAAUAUCACAGGGAAGGGGAGGGCUGCGAGGGGGAGGGGAGGGGAAGGGCAUGAGUCGGAUUAAAACGUGAAGAGAUUUAACUAGACUUUUACUACGAGGAGAGUUGCUGAGAGCUCUCUAUGGAUGUCAAGUUGUGCAGAGCUGCCAAAAUCAAACUGCUUCCCUUCUCCUGAUCAGAGGAGGGGGUGUUUCUGCAGUGUUGUUUUCUAAAAUAAUCAUUUUAAAAGCCUUUUUAAGCAGACUGAGGAGAUAUCCACACUUUUUUUCUUGAAUUCAUAACAAAAACAAAGAGAAGUGCUUUUUAUUUCCCAUCCCUCCCUCCUGCGGGAGACACAUCUCGAACAAUGGCCUCUACGUCAAUAUUUGCGAAAUGUUUUUAAUUGCUUCUUUGUUUUGUUUUUUUUAUGUUUCAAUGCCUUACAAAGCUUGUUCUUUUUUUGUCAUUAUUUCUAUUCCCUGAGACUAUCCCAAGUGGAGUGUGUUACAAGCUGAUGAGACUCAAAGAUGAGAGACUGAAUCCAGGAUGGGGAAACCUAGAGGAUAUGCAGAUGUAGAGAUUUCAAACCCAUUUUGGGCAACUCAUUUUUUUCUUUCUGUUGCGUACCAACACAACAGCCACACAAAUGGUGUUAUCUUUUUUAUCUCGUAUAGAAAUAAUUUGUCUGGGACAGCUCUCGCCGGGAGAUGAGGAGGCAGAGAUAAAUACUAUGUUACUGUGAUUGUUUUGUUAAGAAAAAAGUGCAUCUUUUACAGCCAAUUUAUCUGUUAAGCUAUCUGAUAUUAUCUCCACAAAGUGUGCACGUACACAUGCUGCUUAGAGCACCCGUGUGUUUGUGCGCAUGUGAAAAUGAUUUCCGUUCCUUGCUUGCAAGCGCGGUUAAGAGGAAGAGAAGACACAUUGUGGGAACUUGCAAAAGCAAGAGUGGUGAGUGAGUGAGUCUGUAUGCGGGUGAGAAAAAGAGUGUGUGUGAGAAAGAGAGCGUGUGUGUGAGUGUGUGUGAGUGUGUGUGUCCGUGCACCUGUUUUUUUGUUUGUAGGUCGUAUAAUGUGGUUUUUCGGGGAGGGGGCGGGGUGGGACGGGGCCGAGUACUUUCUCAUGUUGUUGAUUUUUUUGGUUCAUCACCAGUAGUGUUUCUGCUGCGUCUCUGGGUGUCUGUCUUUGCGAAAUAGCACUUUUGUUAUUUUCAAAGUUAUAUAUGUCUAAUUUUGCUUAAAGAUUACAAAAAUAAAUCUAUUAUUUUACGUGUAAGAGAAAAAAAAAUAGCUAAAGAUUCAACUGAACUAACUGACAUGAUUCCAUUGACUUUGUAAGAGUUCCUCUUCAAAAGCAGACAGUGGCCUGUUUGCACUGAAUAAACCUACAUCAGUGCACACUUGUGUUUCUUUGAAUAUAUAUAUAAAUAUGGGCAUACAUACAUAUAUGUAUAGGGCUUCUAUGGAGAUAUCCCACUUACAAAAACAAUUAAAACACUGUUCAGACUACAAAGCACCAACGCAAAUAAUUUCUAUGUAUUGUUGUCGUCAUUUGAAACAUCCUAAGCCAAGACCACUCUAGGUGUCUUUGUAAGAGCUCUAUAUGUAUAUUUAUGUAUAAAAUAUUUAAUAUUUAUUUAUGUAUACCAGAUGCAUACAUGCUGAUUGUGCCAUGUGCCAAAUUAAAACUGUAUAAAAUGAAGAAUAUAAAGUUUCACAAAACUUUUUUCUCUCUUGAUCAAAGUUCUUUUCCUCCCUUUUAUGACUUUUUAUUAUUUCUGUUCUGAAUGAGUUAAACAAGGAAUAUUCUUGCAGCGAGUGCAAGUCUCCCCCUCAGGCCUCUCUACCUCCCUUCUUUCUCUCUCCCCUCCUCCUCCUGCUCCUCCUCCUCUUCCUCCCCCCUCUCUCCUUUUCUCUCGCUGAAACCUUUGAGAAAAACAGGCUAACAGCUUGGGGCCUAUCUGCGUGCAUAACUCCAGAUUUUACUGUAAUUCAUGCAAAGUAGUGCUGCAGCAAUGGGAGAUUCUGAAAAGAUUGCAUUGAUGUACUCACAUUGCAUCCUAUUAUAUGUUAUUCAGGGAGAAAACUAGAGUUAUUGAUUCUGCGAGUAAAACUGACAAUUUUCAUUAAGUGUCUUGGCGUAGCGCAGAUUGUCUCCUGCAAAGCGCAAUAAUGCAACCUGACCAGUGAUCCUAGAUCAGCUCUGAAAUUCUCAAAUACCUAAAGGACAUACACCUGUUUAUGAAGUAUUCCAUUACAACUUCCCCUGGUAUUUAAUGAUUGGAGGUGCAGCAGAGCGAGAAGCAUAGUCUGGUCAGCUCAUCACCGAUCCUGAAGAGAGAAGGGGUUAUUUGGGGGAAAUUGCUUAGAGACUGAUCUAUAUGAGUCAUUUUAUUUUUGCUCAUCCCGCCUUAUAUGGAGCUCGCCUCCCAAUCAGCCACUUUCUUCAAGUGAGCCACAGCCACUAAGAAAGAAAUAAGCAGUUGGUUUAUACCUGGAAUAAUGUCCCUGCAUUUGUCCUUGCGUAAGGAGUAGGCGUGUUUCAGUAGCAAUAAUGGCAUUUUUUAAAAUACCCCUGAUUGCAAAACGCAUGUGAACCGUGUGUUUCUUGUUGUUGGAAUAUAUCCUGAAAUAUUUGAUUCACCCAAAUUACUUGAAAACUAAAACUCGUGAUAUCUAACCAUAAGAAAAAAAAGUUUUGGUUUUAUUUUUCAAGGUUUUGACUCUCUUUCUGCAGCCUCAACAUUACAAUGAAAUUGGAUUGAAUUUUUUUCUGUCACAGCAAUGAAAUAUGACUUCAAGUCCAAAAAUGACGUCUAUUUCCAGUAAAAUAAAAAUGUCCUUGAUAGUACAUUCUUGUUCCAGAUAAUCCACUGAACACACUCCACUAUCUAUUUGGUAGAAAGUAAUUCCAAUAUGAGCUAUUCACAGUGAGGUCUGCGAUCAUUUAGUUACACGGACGUUCUUUCAGAAAACAUAUUGGCUUUAAUCAAUAUUUUUAUACUUAAAAUGGAUCAGAUCACUACAGCUGGUUAACACCUUUUAGCUCAUUGUUUUGGUUCAUGGCCUGCAGCUUUUUUGGUUCCUUUAACAGCUCUCGUAGCGUUUCCAGAGGCAGCAGGCAGUUAUUUACAUUUAAAAAAGCUGACUGGGCACAUAGUGUACAAUGAGCAGACAGACCCAAUUAGUGACUGGCUGGUGAACAUAUUGAGCAAUUAGCAUGAAAUGAGUUAAAAAUUCCAAGUAAAAAUUGGACCUGCAAAGCCAGAAACACUAUCAAUUUAUUAUUUUAUUUAUUAUAAGCAAAGGCCAUACGUUUAUGAGAACCAUGAGGUGUGGCUGAAAGCUAAAAGUGCAUUUUGUGCACCUGUGAAUUCGCUUGUUGUUUUGCUUUUUGUUGUAAUUUGGGUGAAGUGACCCUUUAAGACAGGAUAUGAAUCAAAGUAGACUGUCCACCUCGUCUGAUCUGUCCGCGGUGGUGGGAGGCCAGUUUCCAUUGGCUCCAGCACACACACAUAGAGUGGCACAGGGCUAAAAAUUGAGUGGUGAAGUUGAGAGUGAACUAUCAAAGGGAAGAAAUGUCAUGGGAGGGCAACUCGUUUUUUGCCAUGUAAUUUUCCCAUAUGCCAUUAAAGCAGAGCAGAUGUCACUGAGUAUUGGCAGGGGUAGACCUUGUGGCCUCAGGGACACGGUUUGGGAUACAUGGCCCUGUGAAGAGCCACAUAAUUAAGUGCCGGACCAAAGGGGAAGACCAUGGAAAGUGUAGUGGUGUGGUGCAGCAAGAGGAAAUGGGGUCAAACUCCUUCAGCAAUCAGGCACCUGAAGGCCCAAUGAAAUUAGUCCAAACUUCCUGUGACAAAAAUCUCUAGCGGUAGAAAAAUAGGACAGUUAUGAGCCAGACACUUUUCUACAGUUGAGAUUUGUUUGCACUUCAGUGAGUGUAUUCCGAAAGUGACAUCAUUCAAGGAUAGGCUGGAAUACCCCGAUGGGGGUUUGUGACUGCCUCGACAGCACUGAAGACAAACCCAGCCUAGGAAAUGGAUGUGCCAAAUUACACAGUGCCACCCGCUGGGAGAGAGCUGCAGGUGUGUGUGUUGGGGGGAGUCCGUGUGUGCAUUAUGCAUGUGUGCAGAAAUAGAGAAUUUUAUUUCUAUCUCCGCGAACGUGUUGUUACCUAUAUUUCCUCUCACCCUCGCCCUCACCCUCAUCUCUCUCUUCCUACGUCUCAUUCGUCUUUGCUUUCAUGCAGUUUUCUAUCCUCCCUCGCACAAAAUGCAGUCUGAGCAGCUCUACGUCUGGUGCACACAGACAUGACUCGCCCAUUUUCUCUUUCUUCUACUUUACAAGUGCCAUAAUCUGGACUGCCUACUCAUUUCGUAUCAUUUAAACUCUAAUUUUCUUGACUUGCUAUGUUUCUCUGUAGACUAAAAAGCUAAUUAACAUUACUUAUUGGGAAGCAGGGUAGAAACAGCCACUGAACCAAGACUUUUGUAGUUCACAUUUAAACAGCCUGUUUUUCUCUAAAGGGAAAUCAUUCUGCAUUAUGUCAAAACAUAAAUAAUCUAUUAUUUCCAUGUGAAAAAUGCACUCUUGGCAAUUUUGUUUUGUACCCACAGAGCAUAGACAAAUCACUGGCAUAUGGUUCAGGUUUUCCUAACAGGGAGAAUCAUGCACUGGAGCUUUUAUGGU